GCUGCGCGCGCCGGCCUCGCCCCGCCCAGCGCGACCCCCGAGUUCUUGCCGCCACUGCCCCGCGUCAGCCCGCCGAGUCCAGGGGCCUGGGCCCCGCUGGCCAUGGCCUGGGCCACUGCGUCCGCGGCAAGGAGGGCCCUCAGCCGGGCCUCCACUCUCCUCCUGCGGCGCGGCUACCGGACGGAGAGGGGCGUCUACGGCUGCCCGCCGAGGAAGACCCAGACCCAGAGCCGGGAGCCCCGGGGCGGCCUGGCGCGCACUUCAGCUGACCAUGGCCUCACUAGGCUGGUGACAGCGUACUGUGAGCACGGCCAUAAAGCCGCUGAGAUCAACCCCCUCUUCCCGGGACGCGCCCCGCUGGACACCGUCCCUGAAAUCCAGGCCCUCGUGCUUAGCCUGCAGGGCCCCUUCCGGACCUCAGGGUUAUUGGACAUGGGGAAGGAAGAGGCCUCUCUGGAGGAGGUGUUAGUCUAUCUCGACCGAGUCUACUGUGGGCCGAUUGCUAUCGAAACUGCCCAGCUCCAGAGCCAGGCAGAGAAAGACUGGUUUGCCAGGCGGUUUGAGGAGCUGAAGAAGGAGACGUUUACCCCCGAAGAGCGAAAACAUCUGUCCAAACUAAUGCUAGAAUCUCAGGAGUUCGACCACUUUUUGGCCACCAAGUUUGCCACGGUGAAGCGAUAUGGAGGCGAAGGGGCAGAAAGCAUGAUGGGCUUCUUCCACGAGCUGCUGAGGAUGUCCGCCGACAGCGGGGUGACCGACGUGGUCAUUGGGAUGCCGCACCGCGGGAGGCUGAACCUCCUGACCGGCCUUCUUCACCUGCCUCCGGAGCUCAUGUUCCGUAAAAUGCGCGGCUUAAGUGAAUUUCCGGAACAUUCCGUGGCCACUGGAGACGUCCUGUCUCACCUGACCUCCUCCGUGGACCUGGAUUUCGGGGCGCACCGUCCCCUGAACGUGACAGUGCUGCCUAAUCCUUCACACCUGGAAGCUGUGAACCCCGUGGCCGCCGGGAAAACCCGGGGCCGGCAGCAGGCACUGCAGGACGGGGACUACUCCGCAGAUGGCGCUGCUCGGCCCGGGGACAGAGUCCUCUGCCUGCAGGUCCAUGGUGAUGCUUCUUUCUGUGGCCAAGGGAUUGUUCUCGAAACAUUUACGCUGUCUAAUCUCCCACAUUUCAGAAUUGGUGGGAGCAUCCAUUUGAUUGUCAAUAACCAGCUGGGCUAUACCACCCCGGCAGAACGAGGAAGGUCUUCUCUGUACUGUAGUGAUAUUGGGAAGCUUGUGGGCUGUGCCAUCGUCCAUGUUAAUGGAGAUCGGCCAGAGGAAGUGGUCCGGGCCACACGGCUGGCUUUUGAAUAUCAGCGCCAGUUCCGCAAGGAUGUGAUCAUUGAUCUGCUGUGCUACAGGCAGUGGGGCCAUAAUGAGCUGGAUGAGCCUUUCUUCACCAACCCAGUCAUGUACAAAAUCAUCAGAGCCCGAAAGAGCAUCCCAGACACAUACGCAGAGCACCUCAUCGCCAGCGGACUCACGACCCGGGAGGAGGUGUCUCAGAUAAAAGCCUCCUACUAUGCCAAGUUAAACGACCAUUUGACCAAGGCGGCCCACUACAGCCCCUCGGCCACCAGCCUGCAGGCCCACUGGCAGGGCCUGACUCUGCCCGCCACGCGCAUCACCACCUGGAGCACAGGUGUGGCCCUCGACCUCCUGCGCUUCGUCGGCGCCAGGUCUGUGGAGGUGCCCAGGGAGCUGCAGGUGCACGGCAACCUCCUCAAGAUGUAUGUUCAGUCCAGAAUGGAGAAGGUGAUGAGCGGGACACAUUUAGACUGGGCCACUGCAGAAGCCCUAGCCUUGGGCUCUUUACUUGCUCAAGGUUUUAAUGUCCGUCUGAGCGGUCAAGAUGUUGGCCGUGGGACUUUCAGCCAAAGGCACGCAAUGGUGGUUUGCCAGGAGACCGACGAUGCCUACAUCCCCCUGAACCACAUGGACCCUAACCAGAAGGGGUUUCUGGAGGUCAGCAACAGCCCGCUGUCCGAAGAGGCCGUCCUGGGAUUUGAAUAUGGGAUGAGCAUCGAGAGCCCGAUGUUGCUGCCCAUCUGGGAGGCUCAGUUUGGUGAUUUCUUCAACGGAGCCCAGGUCAUCUUUGACACAUUCAUCUCUGGAGGAGAGGCCAAGUGGCUCCUGCAGAGUGGCAUUGUGGUCCUCCUCCCCCAUGGCUACGACGGGGCUGGCCCGGACCACUCCUCCUGCCGAAUAGAGCGGUUCUUGCAGAUGUGUGACAGUGCAGAAGAGGGGGUGGACGGGGACACUGUGAACAUGUUUGUGGUGCACCCGACAACUCCUGCACAGUAUUUCCACUUGCUUAGAAGACAGAUGGUGCGGGACUUCAGAAAACCCCUCAUUGUUGCUUCUCCCAAGAUAUUACUCAGGUUUCCUGCAGCUGUGUCAACUCUUCAAGAAAUGGCACCAGGAACGGCAUUCAGACCGGUCAUUGGUGAUCCAGCUGUGGAUCCAAAAAAUGUCAAGACCCUUGUGUUCUGCUCUGGCAAGCAUUUCUAUGCCCUGCUAAAGCAAAGAGAAUCUUUGGGGCCCAAGAAGCAUGACUUUGCCAUCAUCCGCAUAGAAGAACUCUGCCCUUUCCCACUGGAUUCAUUACAACAAGAGAUGAGCAGAUACAAGCAUGCCAAAGAUUUUAUCUGGAGCCAGGAGGAGCCCCAGAACAUGGGUCCAUGGUUUUUUGUUUCUCCAAGAUUUGAAAAGCAACUGGCCUGCAAGCUCUGUCUCGUGAGCCGACCGCCCUUGGCAGCGCCUGCGGUAGGGAUUGGCACACUGCACCAGCAGCAGCACGAAGACAUCCUCACCAAGACCUUCACUUGAUGAUGUCCUUUGAAGAAAGACUACUUUCCUAUAAGCAAACUGCCUGCUUCCCCUGCUCUGCCCCUUUCCCUUGGGUAACAUGAAAAGUCUGUCUUUCUCUAGUAGGUUAUGAAUACACCAAUCCGACGAGUAAAUUUUAUCCUGAAAAGAAGAACAGCACUACGUUUUGUUUAGAUUUGAGUGAGCUGGAGAACCAGGUCAUUAGCUAGAUGAUUGUGGGGUCCCCUGGAAUUAACCACAUGUGACCGGGGAAAGUUCUUCAGCCGGGAUUUAGAGUCAUGUAUGGAUGACCUCAGCACUGCUGCUUUUAUUUGUUUGGUGUAUGUCGCUUUCGUUAAUUUUUCCCUUUCUUUUUCAAAGUCUUGUGGCUGCCAGUAUUUUCAUUUUAUGUCUUCUCCACUGCCCUUUUCCAGCUACUGUACUAAAUGUUCUACCUGACACCAGCAAAACUAGAUUGUCCCUGAUGCUUUAAGCUUAGGUCCCAUUAAAUACAAUCUUGGGAUGUAUGAUCUUCUAGCCCUAUACUUUUAAAUCAAGGAGUUCUAGCUAUAAGAAAAUUGAUUUAUGGUCUAUUUGGCCAUAAUCUUUUUCCCAAAUUGUUCUUGCAGUCCUACCUUAUGAUUUUUAGCUGACUUUGGUGUCUGUCUUUUGGUGAAUUGUGGGAAUCCAGCACCUAGUUAAUCAGUUUUGCCUCUAAAAGUCCCAGCCGCAGUAUGUUUGUCUGUGGUAUUUAGACAGCACUCUAACUGUGAUAGAAAGACUUUCCCAAUGCUGGGUGUUGUAGGAUUUCUUCGAGGUCCCCAGCUGACUCACUCUGAACCUAGGACUGGAUGCCUAACUGAACAGCAGAGUGUGUAGCUUCACUGGACUCGCUGCUGUGGAGCCUCUGCAGCUACCAUCCUUGUGGUGUUUUUCUGAGAAAUGAGGGGAAAUACUGGGACUAGAAUGUACCCACUCCCUCUCUGCUUUUAACAGCAAUGAAUUGGCUGUGGGCUUCAGAAUCAGUGUGUAGGCUGUUCUGGCCACAGCAGUAGAUUCCUGGUUUACAUCUCCAGUGUGUGGUUCAGUAUAAUGAUUUAACAUUUCGAGAUCAUUCUCCUCCAUCUUCGUUCUAUCUACCUCAAGGCUUCCUUCUUGUCUCAAACCUUAAAAAUCAUAUAAUUUAGCAUCACUCAUGUAAAUCACUAAGACCACAAAGGUCUAUUUAAUGAGAAAAUAAAAGCAUAAUGCCAUUUUUUCUCAGAAGUCUUGGUUUCUUGAAUUAAAAGAUUUUAAAUGUCUAGCUAGAAAAGGAAAUAGAUGUUUUAAAAACUUUUUGUUUAGCUAUCUGUAAAUUUUUCCCUAACUUUAUACUUACUCACAAGCUUAUGAUUUCCUGUUACAUCUUUUCCAGCCUGAGCUGAGAGGAAGAUAUCCUGGCAUCUCCUUAUUCCUCUCAGUCACAUCUGCGCCCUUGCAAAAGGAGCCAUUUGAAGAAUUUCAAUCCAAUAUCCAUUACCUUUCCAUUGCCAGCACUGCAAAACAAAUGCAUUGCCUUAUUUUAGUUUCUUAAAAAUUUACUAAUGUGAUAUUUGUAUCCUAUUUAUAUCUAUUCCCUGUGUCUAGGACAGUUUCAUAUUCAAAGAAAAAUAGAGCUUAAAUUUGAUAAUCAGUAAGUCAAAAUAUUAACCACGGAAGAAUGUUAAUUUUGCUUAAAUGACACAUUACUCUUAGUAAAAUAAAAUUUUAUUCUUAUAAGAA